AAUUAAGUGUAUUACAGUAAUAAUUAAUUACACUUAAUUAGACUAAUGAAACAAGUAAUCAGUGAUCCUACUACUAAUCAAAGUUUCCUAGGAUUAAAACAAACAAAACGACCUGCUUUGGUUUUUAGGAUCUACCACCAAACAGAGUAAAGUGACACUCUCUCACUCCCUUGCUCUUCCAGCCGCUGCUCAUACUCCUCUUCUUCUUCCUCCGGCCUUUAAGCUUUCAGGUGAAUGAUAAAGGAUGGAGGCAGCUAUUCGAGAAAAAUCAAUUGCAAUAGGCUUAAUGAAGAGCAAUGAUUACAUGAAAGCAAGGAACAAGUUACUCGACGCGAGAAACACGUGUUCAGGGCUUGAAAACAUCAAUGAGUUGAUUACGGUGUGUGACAUUAUGUGUACAGCCCAGUUUCAGUUACCAGGGAGUGGAAUUGAUUGGUACUGGAUUCUCCAGACUACAAGGACAGUCGAUGAAUCUGUCAUUGAUUACAAGUAUACAAACUUGAUUAGAGUCUUGGGGCCAAUUAAAGGAAAGUUCCCGGGGGUUGAAUCUGCAUUAGAGCUCAUCAAGCAAGCUUAUGAUGUGCUUUCAGAUAGACAGAAGCGUCAAGAAUUCGAUUUGAAAAGAACUGCUAGCUGGGGUCCUUGUGGUGGUAAUGCCGAACCGCUAAAUAUAGAAUAUCCUAAAGAGAGUGAAGCUACUUCUCAGAGUUCUUCUGGGUCUAAGAGAAUCGUUAGCGAAUGUUCAGAUAAGAGCAAUGUCCUCUGCAGCGCAGGAGCACAACCUUUGAAGAGGGUAAGAAGUGCAGGUGAGGGUGAUGGCGAGGUCGUAGCUGAGAACCAAGCACUUGUUAAUAGAGUUGUAGCUAACACUUGCAGCCAAGAAGCGAGCCUGGAUUCUGCAUUCACCAAGGCUAGAUUUAAUAAUGUGGGAAAAUGCUCAUUUGGGAGCCCAUCCUCAUCCAUGGUUCACAAGGAACCUACUCUUGAAUUUUAUGACUUUGCUAACAACCGAAAGGCUGAAGUACAUGCAAUUGGUCAGAUAUGGGCAGCUUAUGAUCAAGAAAAAAUGCCUCGGAACUAUGCAAGAAUUAACAGCAUAGAAAAGAUAUAUAACAAGGAAACUAAUAGCACAGAUGUCACACUGUAUGUCAGGUGGCUGAAACCUGCUCCCCUUAACAUAGAUGAAAAAAAAUGGCAUGAGGCAGGUUUGCCUAUUUGCUGUGGGUACUUUAUGCAGGAAAAAUUCGAUAUAGAUAAAUGCAAUAGGAUGGUUGGCGGGCGCCCUGUUUUCUCGCAUUUCAUCUCUUCAUUUAAAGAUCUGACAAAUGAUUUGUUUGAACUUUAUCCACACGAAGGGGAAGUAUGGGCUGUGUAUAAGGAUUGGAAACCAUUUAAUUGGUGCAAUGAUCCUAAAACAAGAAAGGGAUGCAAAUUCCAGCUUGUAGAAAUUCUGACUGGUUACUCAAAACAAGUUGGUGUUAAGGUUGCAUCAUUAGUAAAGAUGGCAGGGUUUACAAGCAUUUUCAGAAGACAGGAGAUUCAAGGGAGUGACUUCUCUUAUCAAAUUACUGCUGCCAAAUCGUUUAUAUUUUCUCAUAAUAUCCCAGCAUAUAGGUUCGCAGGAGAAAAGAGGGGUUUAUUUCCAGGUAUGCUGUUCGAACUCGACCCACUUUCAAUUCCAGAGGAUGUGGUUGUGGAAACAGUUGCAGCAAAGCCACCUUUAGAAGGGAGAUCCAGUGAUGCAUCUGGCAGUGAGCACCCGAUUUCUAGAUCUCCUCCUAUAUCUUUAGGGGCGAAGCCUAUAGCUUUGAAGCCUAAAUGGCCAGCAGAGGCUUUUUCUUCAGGUCAGAUAUGGGCCAUAUAUGAUGAUGGUCCUGAUGCCAUGCCUCGGCGAUAUGUCGUUGUACACGGUGUGAAUUCAGGUGGUGAAGUUUGUGUUACAUAUUUGAAGCCCCACCCUAAGCUUGAAGAUGAAAUGAAAUGGGUUGAGCAAAAUCUACCAGUAGCAUGCGGGUCAUUCAAAACUGGUGGUGUCACACUCAACUUGCAAGUAUCAAGGUUUUCACAUCUAAUGAAGUGUGACGACAGCAGCUCUAACAGUAACAAAUAUCUUCACAAAAUUUACCCAAGGGAAGGUGAGAUAUGGGCAAUGUAUAAAAAUUGGAACAGCAAAUGGAACCAUUCUAAUCUCAUUAAUUGCCAGUAUCGAUAUGUUGAAAUCCUUUCUAGCUGUUCAGAGGACGCGGAGAUGAGGGUAGCCAGCUUAGUAGAAGUUAACGGUCGUAAAACGUUUUUCCAUAGGCAGCUCUCUGAUGAUGGCUUUGAAUUGACUCGAACAGUUUCCAUGAAGGAGUUGCUCAGCUUCUCUCAUCAGGUACCAGCUUUCACUGUUCCAGGUAUUGAAAAUCACGGUAUUCCUGCAGACUCUUGGCACUUAGAACCUGAUGCACUGCCUGCCAUUCCUGCCAACUAGGUAAACAUCAAUUUACCAUACUUCAACUUCCGCGCGGUGAAAAAAGGAGAGAAGAAAACAGGAGCUUUAGUCUUUUAAUUUUAGUUUAAUUUGCUAGCAAGUUUUUUGGUGAUCAUGAAUUAUACAGGAAGGAAGUUGAAGUCUUUUGUUUAGUUCCUAACUUAAGCUAUUUAAGUAAUUUCCAACUUCAAGAUAAUCAGGAAAGCUUUUGUAUUCCAAUAAUGAUUAUAACAUGGUGGCAUGGUGCUUUAUCAGUUACUAUGUUUGUAUCAACAUUCACCAGGUUUGAGCUUUAUCAGUU